AUGGCUGAACCAACCACCGAAGUGGGCGAGACGAAGCAUGAGGUGGAUCCCUCCUCGGACAACAUCAACGGGGCCCAACAAGCUCCCGACGUGUCCGUAAAAGAUGCGGCCACCACCACCGCCUCCGCCGAGAAUGCCCCCAAAGUAGCCGCGGUGUGCAAAAAACACCCAGAUCCCAAGAAUGAUGGUCAUAAGAAAAAGAAGAAGAGAAAAUCCAAGAAGAAGAAGCAGCACCACGAGGCGGCCGAAUCUUCCUCAUCCGAAUCCAGUUCAUCCUCUUCCUCGUCUUCAUCCGACUCUGACUCUGCAGCCAAUUCAGCCUCGGAUUCAGAAGAGGCCGAUUCCGACUCGGCGGACACGGAGUCAGACGCGGGCCAUCGCAAGCGUCAGCGACUCCGCGCCAAGGCACGAGCCAAGCGGGCCCAGCGGGAUAAGAAGAAGAACAAGAAGAAAAGAAAGACCAAGUCUCGCAAGGCUGCACAGCCCGACUCCGAGUCCGAGUCGAGCAGUGACUCGGAUUCAAAAUCGAGCGAGUCGGAUGAUGAGGGGGACUCGGCGGUGGAUGAAAAGGCCCUACGAAAGCUGGUCGCGCGCCUGAAGCUGCAGCAGAAACGAGGCAAGCGUCUGCGCGAUCAGGCCAACGACAGCUUGGGCGGUUUGGACCCGCUAGGCGAUGGUCGACGGGACAAGAAAUCGCGAAAGAAGAAGCCUGCAUCUAAAGUGGCCUUUAAACGGGUUGAUCAACUCUGGGACAGCACCAUCCACAAUUACAAACUCACCGAAACAGUCGAUGACCCCGACGCCGACGGCUGGGACCAGUAUAUCUUCACGGUACGCCGCAAGUUCAACUGGGAAAACAAGUACCUAGAGACGGUGGUCGACAUCAAGAGCAAGCACCUCCGCGAUGCCCUGGGCAAGGUCAUGGACGGGGUCAAGGGCGUCAGUCUGGUGCAGGAGCCCGCCGUCGUCGAUCCGAACAUGCUCUUCCUCUACCUCGAGGAGACCCGGCAGUAUAUGAAGGAGCUCAAGCGGCAAUCCCGCAACGAGAAGAAGAAGAAGGCGCGGAAAAUCGCUGCAGCCAAAGCUGCUCACUUGAAAGUCCUGAUUAAGUAUCUGGACACCGACUACGCCGACAUCAAGAAGACCCUCUACCCUCUUCUCGAGGCUAACACCAUCACCUUUGACCUGCUGUGGGCGUUGUUCAAGCCCAACACCAUCGCUUACACCCCGACAUAUGGAAACUCGGACGAGCCUCGCGCCUUUAAAAUCGAAUACGCCAUGAAAGAGUCCUCGUUUAUGCGGGGACAAUGGUACAGCGUGGAAGGCCGGUACCUCGAGUACGAUGGGAAGGACUUUGGAUUUGGCACCAUGUCCGCCGACGUGGAUGCUUUCAAGGGAGCUCGCAAGAUCACCAGUCUGGCCUGCUACCCUCUGCAGUACCACCGCGAUGCCGAAGCUCUACGAGCACGACUCGUCGAGCGGGGCAAGCGGUUCGUCUCCCUGCGGGGUAUGAACUACCGCUUCCACAAGGGAAUGGCCUUUUACAAGAAGAAGCGCUCGUUCGUGAUCAAAGUCAACAUUAACGGACGAGUCAUGAUCGAUCCAGCCAUCCACCGACGUAUCAAUCCCAAUUACCCCAUCAGCACGGUGCGGCCCAAAGAUCCCGACUUGCUCGACGGCUCCGAGGCUGGUCUCAGCGAUCUCGAAGACGACGGUAGCGAUGGAUGCUGCUGUGGCGGAUCCGAGUCCGACUCUGAUCGAGGCUGCUCAUCUGAUACCCCCGAACGGUCUACAAGGUAA